UCCAUCCCGUCUCCCCUCCUCUGCUCUGCACCUGCUCCUCCCCUCCUGCUUUAUUAUCCUCAGACUCACAGCAGCUCUCCGUCCUCUCCGAGUGAUGCUCCUCGGCGGCUCACAUCGGUGGGUUAUCUCCGCCCGGUUCAGGAGGAGGACGGCUCCGGCUUGUUUUUCUCCCCAGGAAACACUCACUGAAGCACGGGCAGGACAUGGGAAUUUAACGGAGCCGGUGAGGGAGUGAGCAGAAGGAGGGUAUAGGACGACGAAGAGACACUGAAGUCCCAUCCGAGAGAGGAGAGGAGGCAGAGGAGGAGGAAGGGAACUCCGGAGAAACGGUCCCGUCGGGACGGGGCAAGGCAGCGGAGGUUUUUGAGCUUAAAAUAGUUUGAAAUUGACUCGAGAUGUCUGCUUUUGCUGUUUUUUGGUUCUGAAAAAUAAAAUCGCAGGAUUUAAAAAAAGGGUUUCUGAGUUGCGGUCGGUCGGUGGAUAAUUGUGAUGGAGUGAGAAAAAGAGAGGACGCACUGUAACUUCAGCCUCGCCAUGAAAUCAGUGUUCUUCAGUCGCUUCUUCAUCCUGCUACCCUGGGUCCUGAUUGUUAUCAUCAUGAUCGAUAUCGACAGUAAACGGGCGAUCCGGGUUCCUGUAGCAGGUCGGACCGGCAGGGCGCAGCGGGCGGCCCGGACACCGGGCGCUCAGAACCAGUCCGCCCUGCCGGUUAUUUACGCCAUCACUCCGACAUACACCCGCCCGGUGCAGAAAGCGGAGCUGACCCGCCUGGCCCACGCCUUCCGCCAGGUGCCCCGCUUCCACUGGAUUGUAGUGGAGGACUCCUCGUCGCGCACGGAUCUGGUGGCGCGCUUUCUGGCCCGGAGCGGCGUGCCGUUCACGCACCUGAAUAUUUUCACUCCCCGCAGGUUCAAACGCGCCGGGAUGCCACGCGCCACCGAGCAGAGGAAUGUGGCUCUCGCGUGGCUCCGGCAGCACCGGAGCAAGCGGGACCCCGGGGUGGUUUUCUUUGCGGAUGACGACAACACAUACAGCCUGGAGCUGUUUGAAGAGAUGCGAAGUACUCGAGGCGUGUCUAUUUGGCCUGUUGGAUUUGUAGGAGGCAGAUCGUAUGAGCGCCCCCUGGUGUCUGGGGGUAAAGUUGUGGGCUGGUACACCGGCUGGAGACCAGACCGACCUUUUGCCACCGACAUGGCAGGAUUUGCAGUGAACCUUCAGGUGAUCCUGGCGAACCCUCGGGCGCAGUUUAAGCGACGCGGCUCCCAGCCGGGGAUGCAGGAGUCCGACUUCCUGAAGCAGAUCACAAAGGUGACGGAGCUGGAGCCCAAAGCCAACAACUGCACCCGGGUGCUGGUUUGGCACACUCGCACAGAGAAGCCGCACCUCGCAAAUGAGCCCAAACAUCGGAAAGACACCGUGGUCAUCGAGGUGUGAGAGCCUGAAGUGCCGGGCAGAGGAUCCAAAACCAGACGCUGAUUGUUGCGAGCCAUCAUCUCUUGGCUGAGACUGACGACAGCCCCUGCUGUCUCCCCUUAUUGGGGUUAUACAAUCUGUUCACGAUGGACACAGACUCUGAGGAGCUGCAUGAUUCAAGACUUCUGGCAGCCUGUCAGAACCUGCUCUAUGAGAACUGGACUAGCAUGAAUACGAUGCUUUUACAAACUGGGACAACUGGGACGGCUCAUUUCCUCCCUCAACAGCCUGCUGAUGUAAAAAAGAAAAAGAAAAAACAGAAGCAUACAUGUAUGAAACAUCAUGUUGCUGGAUUGAAAAGUUGCCAUGUGAAUCAUUAACUUCAUCUUGAAUCUAAUUAAAUGUGAAACAGGAAUAAUCGUCGUAAGAAGUCUCAUGGAUCAGAUAUCUGAGAGUGUUGUAAUGUUUUCACAUCCUUUCAUUUCAAAGUAUUUCCUCUACUCUUCUGGGCCCUGUUUAUCACACACCUUUUGUUCUAAUGGACUGAUUGAUACAAGUCUUGGAGUUGCUCCAGUAGAUCGCUUCAGCCAGCCGCUGCAAAAAAACAGCUGUAGUGGCUGCAACAUCCUUUGCAGCAAAUUAACCCGAUCAAAGUUUUUGCUUUUGCCGUUAAAAGGCUCAGAUUGAAGUGUGUGAAAACCUUUAACCUCCCUCGAGAGAAAGACCUUUGUACUAAAAUAGUAUAAUCAAACAAAAAAAUGCCUUUAUAUCACUCUGUGAAAGACGGCAAACUCCAGGGACAAACAGUCAUUUACAUUUGCCUUCCACUGUCAGUGUGUUUUUUUAUUCUGUUAUUAUGGGAACAUACAUUCAAACCAAGCC